CCAAGGCCUUUCCGUAAAAUCCGCAUGAUGCGUGGCUAUUAUAAAUCCACCCCCAAUUUGCUUUUCUAGGGUUUCUGUGAUCGAAAUAAAUAUUCUGUUGGUGGCUCCAAUUUCAGAUCAAAUCAAAUCGAGGAACAUGGCGGAGACGGAGCCUAUAUUGCUUCCUGCUAAGCGAGAUUCUUCCAUGGAUCUGGAACUACCCGGUGGAAAAAAGCAUAAGAUCGGCGACGACGAGGAUGCUGAUCUUUGGAAGUAUGCUGAUUUGAUUGGUCUGGAAGCCGAGGCGAAGACCUUGGAAAAUUUUCGGCUGAUCAAAAAGUUUCUGGAUCAGAUUGCAGAGAGCGAUGGGUUUGAUGUGGAUCCGUAUCACGGUCCGCCUAUUCUAGGAGGCGUUAAUUUGCUCAAUCUUGAAGAAAAAAAUAUAUGGACAAAGGGCUGCAGAAAAGCUGUUCCAUUCGCUAUUCGUGUGCAGAAUGCGAGGCGUACGAAGCGGAAUCGGCUGAAACUUGUGAAAAUAAUCAAGUGUAAUUUAAACGGUUGUACUUUUUUUGCAACAUUUGAGGCUAAAUCCGAUCCUGAAGGAACCCAAAUUUAUCAAGCCCAGAUACUUUAUCCCUUUUGUGGUCCCACCGAAGAGGGUGCCGAGGUCGUCCUAUUUAGACAGAAGCGUGCUGGUUAGAGAGCGAUGGGUUUGAUGUGGAUCCGUAUCACGGUCCGGCUUUUGUAGGAGGCGUUAAUGUGCUUAAUCUUGAAGACCAAAAUGGUUGGACAAAGGGCUGCAGAAAAGCUGUUCCAUUCGCUAUUCGACAUGAGAAUGCCAUUAAUGAGAAUCAGCUGAAACUUGUGAGAAUUAUCAACAAACACAGUUUAUUUGUGGGUUGAUACAUGGCUUGUUAAUGGUGCAGAUUUGAUUAUCUGCCUGUCAACAAACAGAUUGUUUAUUAUCAUUCAAAAUACCUUGUGUUUUCCAAAGGAAAAAAUAUAUUUUUAAAUCUCAACUUUCUAAAAUGUUAA